CUCCCCGCCGCCUCGUCCCUUUGUACUUUAUUUCGCGUGUUCCAGGCAAACGAGCUGGUUUAGGUCCUCUGAAGGAGAGGGGAGGCGCUCGGGAGGCUGGGAAUUCCCUCCGGGAAGGGAAGGGACGAGGUCCCCUGCGGCUAGUGCCUGCGGCCCUCGCCUUCGACCGCGUCCAGAAGCGGCUGCGGACCCCGGCAGAACAGCGACCGAGAGAGCAUGGCCGAGAGGAGAAGGAUCUGGAACAUGGAAGACGACCUGCCUGUCUACUUGGCCCGGCCAGGCACAACAGCGCAGACGCCCCGGCAGAAAUACGGCGGCAUGUUCGCCUCGGUGGAGGGCGCCUACGAGAACAAGACUAUCGACUUCGAUGCGUAUAGCGUGGGCAAGAAAGGUUCCCGCACCCCGCGCAGCGGCAGCCGCCACGACCUGCUGGACGGCGCCGGGGGGGACAACUACAGCGAGACGGCCAGCGACGUCAGCGAGAUCUCCGGCUCCGUGAUCAGCUCGCCCAGUGGCGAGAGGGACUACAAGGCUCCUGGCGUGGAGAUCAGAUACCCCUUCGGGAAGGAGCUGCUGCGGAGACCGGACAAUGGGCAGAAUGAACGCCUACUCAUUAAAGGUGGACGAAUUAUUAAUGAUGACCACUCCUUCUAUGCAGAUGUGUACCUGGAAGAUGGGCUUAUAAAACAAAUAGGAGAGAAUUUGAUUGUUCCUGGUGGAGUGAAGACCAUUGAGACCAAUGGGCUAAUGGUUAUCCCUGGAGGAAUCGAUGUCAAUACUUAUCUACAGAAGCCCUAUCAAGGCAUGAUUGCUAUUGAUGAUUUCUAUCAUGGCACAAAGGCAGCUCUAGCAGGAGGCACUACCAUGAUCAUUGACCAUGUCCUUCCUGAACCAAGCUCCAGUUUAUUAACUUCAUUUGAAAAGUGGCAUGAGGCAGCAGACACCAAAUCCUGUUGCGAUUAUUCUCUCCAUGUGGAUAUCACCAGUUGGUAUGAUGGAAUCAGGGAAGAGUUGGAUAUACUGGUCCAAGAUAAAGGUGUUAAUUCUUUUCAAGUCUACAUGGUCUACAAAGAUCUCUACCAAAUGACUGAUAGCCAGCUCUAUGAAGCCUUUACUUUUCUGAAAAGUCUUGGAGCUGUAAUCAUGGUCCAUGCUGAAAAUGGAGAUUUGAUAGCUCAGGAACAAAAACGUAUGCUGGAGAUGGGAAUCACUGGACCUGAGGGGCAUGCCUUGAGCAGACCUGAAGAGCUUGAAGCAGAAGCUGUUUUCCGGGCUAUCACCAUAGCUAGUCGGAUCAACUGUCCAGUGUAUAUAACCAAGGUCAUGAGUAAGAGUGCAGCUGAUAUCAUUUCACUGGCUAGAAAGAAAGGUGCUCUUGUUUUUGGGGAACCAAUCACUGCCAGUCUGGGGACAGAUGGGACACAUUAUUGGAGCAAAAAUUGGGCAAAGGCUGCAGCGUUUGUGACCUCUCCACCUCUGAGUCUGGAUCCUACAACACCUGAUCAUUUGACCUCACUUUUAGCAUGUGGUGACCUGCAGGUGACUGGAAGUGCCCACUGUACCUACAGCACAGCACAGAAAGCUGUUGGGAAAGACAACUUUACCCAGAUUCCAGAAGGAGUAAAUGGAACUGAAGAAAGAAUGACUGUUGUAUGGGAUAAGUGUGUGUCUACAGGUAAAAUGGAUGAAAAUCAAUUUGUUGCAGUUACCAGUACGAAUGCAGCCAAAAUCUUCAACCUUUAUCCACGGAAGGGAAGGAUUGCUGUGGGUUCGGAUGCUGAUAUUGUGAUCUGGGACCCAGAGAAGGGGAAGACAAUCACAGCCAAAAGUCAUAAAUCGGUUGUUGAAUAUAAUAUCUUUGAAGGCAUGGAAUGCCAUGGUGCUCCCCUCAUAGUCAUUAGUCAGGGGAAGAUUGUGUUUGAAGAUGGAAAUCUCCAUGUAAGUAAAGGAAUGGGCCGUUUCAUUCCCCGGAAGCCUUUCCCUGAAUACGUUUAUCAACGCAUCAAAAUUAGGAAUAAGGUAACAGAAUUACAAGGUGUAUCCAGAGGAAUGUACGAUGGACCAGUAUAUGAAGUCCCAGCAACACCAAAAUAUGCAACUCCUGCACCUUCCACUAAAUCAUCUCCCGCCAAAAACCAGCCUCCACCAAUCAGGAACCUUCACCAGUCUAACUUUAGCUUAUCAGGUGCUCAGAUAGAUGACAACAACCCACGUCGUACAGGACAUCGCAUUGUUGCACCUCCUGGUGGCCGCUCCAAUAUUACUAGUCUUGGAUGAACUCAGAUGGAAACCAGGGAACCAAGGCUCAUAGGAACAAUCUUCGUUCCUUUCUAUGUCUGUGUUGUUGAUCCCACACUUUUAUUCAGUACUUUUGUGUGUGUGUGUGUGUGCGCGUGCGUGGGGGUUGUCUUUUUUAAAAAAAAAAUGCAUAGAAAGUCAUAGUGUAGUGUGUUUGCUUGGAACUAAUUGCCCCACAAUUGUGCUUUCAUACCUUCACCACCUUAAAGCAUGGUGCUUCCAUUUCUCCAUUUGUGACUUUGCUACUUUUAGCUUUGUCUUGUAACUACCUGAUAGUUUCUUUGCACCUCCCACCCUCUUAGCUGUACUAGAGUUAAUAAUACUAAUGCAUGUUACUAAGUUGUUGAUGCAAGUUGCAGUUUGUGAGUCUACUUUAGAAUAUAUUGCCAACAAUUAACAUGAUGCCAAGGUAAGAAGGAAGACUAUGGUCAUUUUUAAAAUAUGCAGAAUAGGACGUGUCUUUAUUUUAAUGUAUUUUUUAAAUUUAUUACAGCUCAAGUAAGAUGAUUUGUCAAAUAAAAGUUUCAAUAGAGGGCCUAGUGGCUCUGACCCACUUAGUACAUCCCAGGUCUCUGCCUUUCCUUUUAGAAAGAGCCAUAAUUUCUACAUAGUGACGCUGUUGCCAUUUUGUUCAGGGGAUUUCUACAUCUGGGCAGUAGCGCUCACCUUUUGCAUGACAUUUUUGGUAUUUAUAAACAAUUCGAUUUGCUGUUGGAUUUUUAAAGUUUUUGUACAAAGUUUCUUCUUUAGAAAUCACAUUCAUUUUUACUUCCUAUAAUGUGUCAGAUCUACUAGCUGUGGUUCAUU